AUGUCAUCUACUCCUUCAACCUCCCGAGAAUUCAGAAAGCUAUUUCCUCAUUGGCGUGAUAACUCUAUAGCUAAUCGAACAAGAUCUCUCGAGUCAGGUAGUUCAUGGAGUAUACACGAGAUUGAAACAUUUCACAUCUUACGGAAGAAACCUCAAUCAAGAGUUCCGGACCAACUUCAAAAGUACUUUCAAACAGCCACUAUAUGGAUAAAUGAAUCGAAAGAAAUACGACUCGUCCUCAAACUUUUGCAAGAGAAAAAAUGGACUGCUUUUACUCACCACCAAAUCUCUGAAUCGGCUGGUAUAUUUGAUGACUUCUUCAAACUCUUACAACAAGUUCUCGAAACCCCAAUUACACCUGGUCCUCAAAGAGGACUACGAUCACUUGAUGAGCAGGAACUUCCCUUACUACCUCCGAACCCAUUAACUUCUACCUCUACCUCUACCUCAGCGAAACGUCCAGCCAAGAACCCCACCGAACAAUCUUCCUCUCCAGCAUCAUCCUCUACCCCGGAAACCCCUCCACCCAAAAAAUUCCGCACCGAAAAAGAAAGAUCUCCCCUUCCCUCUGCCUCUCCAACAUACACCUCAUCCUCCACCCCCGAAAAACCUCCUCCAAAAAAACGUCGCACGGAAAAAUCCUCCUCCCCAUCAUAUGUCGAGUCAAUUCCCAGCGACCAAUCAAGUCAUGAUCAAAGAAAUAAAUCAGAAAUUACAACCAAUGCUUGCGCGUACGCACUAUUAUCCCGUGUUGUAGAGCUUUUCAGACCAGCCAUUGAAAAAGAAAAAGAAAAAGAAAAAGAAGAGACAGGGAAUGAAAACGAAAAAGUGUAUCUAGAGUGGACCAUUACAAACGAUACAUUUACCAUUCAAGCUGGAAAUCUUUUUUGUACGACGAAAAAUGAUGGGAGCUUGGUGGAGAAAGUGGGGCAUUUGGGGAGGUGGGGGAGGGGCUCGGGGGUUACUUAUUGUAGUCUUGAGACUAAAGCAAUGUUUUCCAUCAAUGAUAAACCAAUCAGAGUCCAAACUCAAGAAACCGCUCAUUUAAUCGGCAUGUUUUCCCAACUUGAUCCGGAGAGGUUGGAGGAUCAGACAAUGUGA